ACUUGGUUGGUAUUGAUAUUUUCACUGGUAAAAAGUAUGAAGAUAUUUGCCCAUCAACUCAUAACAUGGAUGUUCCAAAUAUCAAGAGGAGUGAUUACCAGCUGAUAGGUAUUCAGGAUGGGUAUCUCUCCCUGCUGACAGAAAGUGGUGAAGUUCGUGAGGAUCUGAAGUUGCCAGAAGGGGAUCUUGGCAAAGAAAUAGAAGGAAAAUUCAAUGCCAAUGAAGAUGUGCAGAUAUCCGUCAUAAGUGCAAUGAAUGAAGAAUGUGCUGUAGCCAUAAAGCCUUGCAAAUAAAGAGGAUCCCCAGCCUCGGGCAACUGCUCAGGUCUGGACAAACCACAGAUCUAUAAAUUUGGUUCUUAUUGUCACCAAAGCUCUGGCCUUCACAAGCAACCUCAUUUCUUUUUUGAAUUGUUCAAAAGCAGCACUGGAUUCUGGAUUAGUGUUGCAGGCUAACUGGCAGUUUUCAAAAUCACUGAGAUUUUAAUUCCUUAAUUGUAACUAUUUUAACAUUCCUGUGGGUUUCAGCUAUGGAUCUAAGAAACCAAUCAGGUGUUACUAGUGGAUAUAUUUUUAUUUGCUUGAGCAAAACAGUGUUUGUCUGUAUGAACAGACAAAAUACAGUAUUCAGGGGCUUUUAGAUAAGCUGGUAGGUAUCUAGGAUUAUAAAGUGACCUAGAGCACAAAUAGUAUUUUUUCUUGACAUGUUUAGAUAGAACUGACAAUAAAAGUAGCAAAUUUUGUUUCGUUUUGUUUUAAGCUUAAGUAUUUUGUGGAUUGGGACUCUUGCAGAACUGUAGGUGCCAAUCGCAACUUUUAGACCAAGAAACUCAAGUGAUCAAAAAUGCCAGCUGGCUUGACCAAGCCCCAGUGGCCACGUGCAACUUAACUGUAUUACCUCUGUAUUCUUCUUUGCCAACUCGUUGGCUUAUUGGAACAAUAAAGUGGUGUCACAGCCUACCUGUGGUUUAGGCAGGCAGUUGGAAUAUUGGGUAGGUAAGACAUAGAUAGGUCAAAGGGACAGAAAGGUGAGAAUGGAUGUUAAAGCUAUAGACUUUCACUCGAGGCCUUUGUCAGACUUGAAAAAUAAAAUAGAAAAAUGCAGUUCAA